ACAGAAACACCUUCUUUUUUUUUCUCUCCAGCUUAUGUGUUGAUGAUGAUAUAAUUUUUCAAAUGGAUCACCCCUCCAAACGCCGCCGUCUAGACCCCUCCCCUCCCCCCAUUUCCUCCCCCGUGGAAACUUCCUCCGACGAACUGGCUGCGGGCUCCGACCAUGAACAGGAACGCCGUCGCGUGGGUUGGACAAUACAAAAGGCCUACCCUCCGAAACGGCCAUAUGCACGAUCUCGCAGCUUCAGCAGCUCCGAAAGUCCGGAUGAAUUAGCGAUCGAUGCAGACGUUUACUGGCGUUCAAGAAAUCAUGGACGCGCGGGCUCCCCGUGGGAACGAUCCGACAAGGCCCAAAACGAUGACGACGAAGACAACGAGCACAGGAAUGAAAAUGACGAUAAUGGCGAAGGCGCGAUAGAUCCUGAUGCUGAUGGGACGGGGAUCGCAAGGGGCAACGAUGCAGAGAUUGAGUAUUCUGAUCGGUCGCCGACGCCAGUACCGCCGCCUCCACCGCCGAAGCCGGAUUCUGUGAAUUAUCGACAGAAGUUUCUUCUCAAGGGGCAUUUACGAGGGGUGUCGGCUGUAAAAUUCUCACCUGAUGGAUCGAUGAUUGCGAGUGGAGGGGCGGACGGCGCUGUCAAGGUUUGGGACGCGUCUACGGGAAAGUUGAUCCAUACGUUUGAAGGACAUCUUGCUGGGAUAUCGACAAUUGCUUGGAGUCCGGAUGGAGCUACGAUUGCGUCAGGAUCGGACGAUAAGACGAUCCGGCUCUGGAAUGUCUUGACCGGCAAAGCACAUCCAAUCCCCUUUGUCGGCCACCAUAACUAUGUUUACGCGAUUGCAUUCUCGCCCAAGGGGAACAUGCUGGUCAGCGGAUCCUACGACGAAGCGGUUUUUCUCUGGGACGUACGCUCCGCCAGCGUCAUGCGGUCACUCCCUGCCCACUCGGACCCGGUGGGCGGCAUCGACGUGGUCUGGGACGGAACGCUCAUCGCCUCGUGCGCAACCGACGGCCUCAUCCGGAUCUGGGAUACGGCGACGGGUCAGUGUCUUCGGACCCUGGUGCACGAAGACAAUCCACCGGUGACGGCGGUCAAGUUCUCGCCCAACGGCAAGUUCGUGCUGGCAUGGACUCUGGACGACUGCGUGCGGCUAUGGGACUACGUGGAGGGUCGAUGUUUGAAGACGUACCAAGGGCACGCCAAUCGGAAGUAUAGCCUGUUGGGCGGGUUUGGAGUAUACGGGCAAACGGGGACACCGCGAACAACAGCAGGGUACGCGUUUGUAGUCAGUGGGAGCGAGGACGGGGCGGUCCUUUGCUGGGACGUGAUCAGCAAGAAGGUCCUCCAGCGGAUCGAGGGCCACGUGGGAGUGGUGCUAGGGGUGGACACUUGCGCCACGAGUGAGGGACGCUGGCUGGUAAGCUGUGGACUGGACGGGACCGUGCGGGUAUGGGAGGAGCAAGCCGAGCCAGCGGUCGAGCCAGAGGUUGAAACGAAAGUCGGACCCGAGGAGGAGGAGGAGGAGGAGAAGCAGCAGCCUAUCGACAAGUCUAUAGACGAGCCCGAGGAUACAGAAAUGGGUGAAGCGAGAGAAGCAGGUUGAUUCCUCCACGUGGUUUUCUCCCAAAUAACGGAUCUACUUUACUUUUACUUCCUUCGCAACCAAUCAUUAACUGUACUGUUCCUGACAAGGUAAGAGAGUACUCCAAUUCAGUAGCAUAACCGAGUCCAUCCACGGUUCAUUGAACCUGCACCAAUCGGGAUACAAUAGACGUACAGUUCCAUGGAUUCAACCGGUU